GAUGAAGAGGAGUCUUUGGAUGCAAUCGAUAGCUGCGUCCUUUUGGUCUAUCUUAUAUUCGUCCUGGAAUUUCUAGAUGAAUUCCUUCAAAUCUCGGUGCUUAACUCGUAUUAUAAAAGCAUCCUAAGCUUUCUUUUGUAUUUAUUGGCAUUUUCGAUGACAGGCUCUCUUCCUAAUUGGUUAAUUUGAAUCCAGAGACUUGACUGUGAUUGGCAGGAUCGCCAGCAUAGCUUUUGCCGCAUAUAUUGUCUUGCUAUCUGAAACAAAAUCUGUGCACAUCGAAGUCAUUAAUUCCAACAAGUGCUAAUGAUUUUAAGAAGGUGUUAAUUGACGAUGUAGUUUUCUGAUUAAAUUAGUAGUCCGAUUUCCAGUUCUAAACUGUUAAUACGAUUAGGGUUAGCUCCUGGAGGUUGUGACUAAUUAAACAUUUCGUGAAAGUCAAAUGGUUAUGGUUGUUUAUUGCUUGCUUGAAUUCAGCUUUUGAGAAAAAAAUUAUUCGCAAAUGAACUUUAUACAAUAAGAAAAAAAAUUGUGACACAUUAUGCUGUUUGUAAUACACCCAAAUGGAAUAUGCUAUUAUUAAACGUAGUUCCAAAUGAAAAUAUAUCAGACGUUUAAUACGUUGAUCUAACUCAACAUGGAGUUGUUAAAAGUUAACAAAAUUUGGCGGUUUCAUGUUCUACUGUUAUUUCUAUGGUAUAAAGUUGAAGCUCUACCCGAGUCAAUCAAAGUGGGGGGAAUGUUCGAAACAGGAGAUGAAAUGCUGGAAACAGCAUUCAAGUACUCCGUCGAAAGAGUCAAUACAGAUCCCAGACUUUUACCCCAAUCCCGACUUACACCUCAAUUAGAAAAAGUAGAACGACACGAUAGCUUCCAAGCUGCCCGAAAAGUAUGUGAUCUGUUAAGCGAAGGGAUGGCCGCUAUGUUUGGUCCUCAGUCAAACGAGGGCAGUGCAGCAGUGCAGUCAACCUGCGACGUUCUAGAAGUACCACAUAUUGAGACCCGUUGGGAUUACCGCACCAAAAGAGAUAACCAUUCCAUCAACCUUUUCCCUCAUCCAACAGCUCUUGGAAAAGCCUAUCUGGAUUUUGUCAAGUCAAAAGAAUGGAGGAAAUUUGCAAUCGUCUAUGAAGAGAGUGAUGCUUUGAUACGUCUUCAGGAACUAUUGAAAGAUCCUUUCAUAAGGCAAAGACAAGUUGUUGUUCGACAAUUCCUUCCUCAUCAAGAAUAUCGAAAACUGCUCAAAGAAUUGGGAAGAGCUGGCAUAAAAAACAUUGUAAUCGACGUCCCUACUAAAAGCGUUCAAACAGUUCUGAAACAUGCUCAACAAGUAGACAUGAUGUCAGAGUAUCAUAAUUACUUCAUUACCUCCUUGGACCUCCACACUCUUGAUUUGGAGGACUUCCAAUACGGAGGCACUAAUAUCACGGGGUAUAAGCUGGUCGAUGAAGAAAGUCCAGCUUACGCCGACGUGUUAGAAACAUGGAGAAACCCAGUAUUCAAAGCAACAGGGAGGGAACCUACCUUGACGACAGAGGCAGCUCUCCUCUAUGACGCUACUCAUUUGUUUGCUCGGGCCUUGACUGAUCUGGACAGAGGUCAAAAGAUACACAUAAAAUCCUUGUCAUGUGACACUGAAGAACCAUGGCCACACGGGAUAUCACUAAUAAACUACAUGAGAAUGAUUAACGUUAAAGGAUUAACUGGUGACAUUAAAUUUGACCAUCAUGGAUUUCGAUCUGAUUUUCGGCUAAAAGUUUUGGAAUUGACAUAUGAUGGACUGCGAGAAGCAGGUGAGUGGAGUGCACAUUCAGGUUUGAACAUGACAACAAACUAUUCCAGAGUAGAGCAAGAAGUAAUUCAGUCUCUCAAGAAUAAAACUCUCAUAGCAACUACCCUGAUAAAUGCACCGUAUGCAAUGUUGAAAGACAAUCACGAAGAACUUGAAGGAAAUGACAAAUACGAAGGAUACUGCAUAGAUCUUUUAAGAGAAAUAUCCAACAUCCUUGGCUUCCGGUACCAAUUGAGGAUUGCUGAUGACAACAAGUAUGGUGAAAGGAACGAUCAAGGCGAUUGGAAUGGAAUGAUCAAAGAACUGAUCGAUGGGAGAGCCGACAUCGCCAUUGGAGAUUUGACACUCACCUUCCAAAGGGAACAAGUUGUUGACUUCACUAUGCCAUUUAUGAACCUCGGCAUUAGCAUCCUGUUCAGAAAACCAACCAAAAAAGUACCCAAGCUGUUCUCUUUUCUCUCUCCUCUCUCACUAGAGGUUUGGGUGUACAUGGCCACAGCUUUUCUGGGAGUGAGCCUCUUUCUUUUCAUCAUCGCUAGAUUUAGUCCUUAUGAAUGGACGAAUCCUCAUCCAUGCAAUCCUAAUCCUGACGUCCUCCAAAAUCAGUUCACGCUGCUUAAUACGCUUUGGUUUACUGUGGGCUGCCUCAUGCAACAAGGUUGCGAACUUACACCCAAGGCCUUAUCAACAAGAGUUGUGGCCUGUAUCUGGUGGUUCUUUACACUCAUCAUGGUCUCUUCCUAUACGGCUAAUCUCGCAGCUUUCUUGACGGUCGAAAGAUUGGUGUCUCCAAUCGAAGGGGUAGAAGAUCUAGCUAAACAAUCUCAUAUUCAAUAUGGCUGCGUGGAUUCUGGUGCUACACAAUUUUUUUUCAAGGAAUCGACGAUCCCUACUUUCAAGCGGAUGUGGGCUUUCAUGCAGAGUGCUCGCCCGAGCGUCUUCGUCGAAUCCAACAGCAAAGGCGUAGAGCGAGUGAAGAAGGAGAAUUACGCCUUCCUCAUGGAGUCCACCUCCAUAGAAUACAUCGUCGAAAGGGAGUGCGAAUUGACUCAAAUUGGAAGCUUGCUAGAUAACAAAGGCUACGGUGUCGCGACGCCAUCUGGGUCGCCAUACCGAAAUCCGCUGUCUAGCGCCAUUUUGAAGUUGCAAGAAAGAGGAACUUUGCAUGUUCUUAAAGAUCGUUGGUGGAAGCAGAAAUUGGGUGGUGGUAAAUGCAGUAAAGACGAAGCUAACACGGCAGGGUCGGCCAGCGCCUUAAGCCUCGCCAAUGUAGGUGGAGUGUUCGUGGUGCUGGGCGCAGGGCUUAUAAUCGCCUGCGUCGUGGCGAUCGUCGAAUUUAUCUGGAAGUCAAGAAAAGUAGAUAGUGAAGAAAGGGAACCACUGUGCGUCAUGUUCUGCAGAGAGCUGCGUUUCGCGAUUAUGUGCGGAGGUUCAACUAAACCUAUAAUUCCCAAACACGACAAUGACGAUAGGCAACCUCCAGAGAACGGUCUCCCCUUCAUGCCCCUUACAGGAUUCAGCAGUGUCACCACCAAAGACAACUUCUCUUGACAGGAAGAGACUGGAGGUGGUGCAAUACCCCUCGAACCUACUGCAGACGAGCAGGUUAGUUACUACCGUUACGCCCAAUAUGACGUCUCAGAUAUAUAAUAGAAUGCUCACGGAAGCACGAACUGCCGUUACUUUGCACUAAGCACCUAUUUACCAGUGUUGGGAAAUACCAAGCAAUUUGUAAUAUUUUCAGAGACAAGAAUGAGAAGACUUCAAUACUUUUAUGGCCAGAUCAUGAACUCUUGGAUGUACUCGUACAAAACCAGCAAACAGUUUUGUUUGAUGGAUAUUUCUCGAAAUGCAUAACAUUUAAAAAAAAUCUUCAUGGAACCAAAACUAAAAGCCGAAAAUGAGCAUUUCCCUAAAUUUAAGUGUUUUAAAAUGAUUAAAAAUACAGUGAAACCUAUUCAAAGGUGACUACUUGUGUAUGCUGAUCACCUGUCAAAGUUGAUUUUAAUGAUCAAGUACCAAACUGAGAAAAACAAUUAAGUUUCCUCUUAAUAAGUUGACCACUUGUACAAGUGGAUCAUCAAAUGCUUUUCUACCAAGUGAUCAACUUACACUGUAGUUCUUUAACUCUGAAUUUAAUAUUAAGGUUGUUCAACAAAGCUUCUUAAAGGCAAUUUAAAAAAUCGAAUUUGAAUAAAUUUGAAAGUCAUAGUUGAUUUUGAAAAUUAUUGACUGCAGAAUGAAUAAAGAUUUAAUAUGAGAUAGUUUCCACAAUUUUGGUUCCAUGAGGGCUUCAAGUUUGUAUAAAAUCAAUCAAAAUUCACUGGAAAUUGUUGACAUGACAUGUAAACUUUCCCCUACAUUUAUUAGGAAAACAUUUAAAAGCAUCAAUAAUUUUACAAGCUGAUAUGAAAGUAUCAAGUGCAUGUGAAUAAUCUUAAUGUGUUUUUAUAAAUACAAAUUUCACAUCUCUAUUCAUUGUCCCUAGUCUAUUCUUUUUCAUGCUAAGGAACAAAAAUAUUAAUUGGAAUCUUAUUCUUAUAAAAAUAUACUUCAUCUUUAUAUUCAAUAUUUUAAAAAAGCUUGUAAAAAAUUUUAAUCUUCUAAAAGUUAAAAUUUUUUCAUACAUUAAUCUUAAAAUAUUUUACUAUAUCUUCCGAUUGAAUCACAAUGCAUUUAAAAUGGCGUCCAAAGAUAAAUUCACGAACCCUUCAUGGCGGUAAAAACUUUUACAGUCAUGUUUAUCUCUCUCACAUAAAAUACUUACGCUUUUUACAUCGCAAUUCAUCAUAAAUAAAUAUUUGAUCUAACGAGAAAUGAAUUUUUAAACUUUUGCUAAAGAAAAAGCCAGUAAUCCUAUCGUUAAAUAAAUAAUCCCAAAAAACUAAAGCAGUAAGAUAUUACCUGAUUACAAACUUCAUUCACUUUAAAAGCAUAUAAAUAGGAAAUAACAGUCGACUUGUUUGAAGGGCUCCAACAUAGGCGUCCAUGAUCAAGACUUGCCAGAUGUGAAUGAGAAGAAACAAAAGUGAUUUGAAAUGUAAAAUUGCCAACGAAACAUGGAAAAAUAAAGGUGAUAAACAUGAGUGGAAGAACAACAGUGGCCAAAAAUUGGCGAUAGUAAUGGGCUACAUGCGGCGUUGAGCAGAAUUCUCUACCUAUGCCAGCACUUCACUUGCAGUCACCACUAGCGUGUGGAGAGUCAUAGAAGAAGAAAGUACGUUAGUUUCUGUCUUUAUUUCCAAGUAGAUUUAAGUCCUUUAAGUUAGGAAACUAUAUGGAACUGAAAACUACAUCAAACGUAGUUCUAAA